AUGUUAAAUAAUAUUUUUGAUCAAUUAUAUCCACUAGGAGCUAAGGUUAAUGAUACUGAUGAAAAUGGUAAAACAACAUUACAUUGGGCUGCAAAAAAUAGAUAUGGAUUUAUUGUCAAGACCUUGAUAGAUCAUGGAGCUAAAGUUGAAGCUGAUGAUAACAAAGGUAGAACAGCUCUGCACUUAGCUGCAGAACAAGAUGAUGAAACGGUUGUUAAAAUUUUGGCAAAAAAUCAUGUUAAUGCUUGUGAUCACAAUAAUUGUACGCCAUUAUUUUAUGCAGCGGAAGCAGGUCAUAAAAAUAUUAUUGACAUUUUGAUAUCGAAUAAUGCUUAUGUUAAACAUAAAAAUAAUAAUGAUGAAACAGCUUUACACAAGGCUGCAGCAGCAGGACAUUUAGAAGUUUCCAAAACUUUAUUAACCCGAAUGAAAUAUGCUGAUGAUAUUAUUGAUAAAGAAAAAAUAUUAAACUUGGCCGCAAAACAUAAGCAAACAGAUGUAGUCAAAUAUUUAUUAGAAGUAGAAGCACAAAUUGAUUAUUUUAACUAUCAGCUUUUCAAUCAUAUUUAUUUUGCUGCAAAAAGAAAUUAUAAAACUGUUAUCAAGUUACUAUUAGAAGAAACAAUUGUCGAUAAUUUAACAUUACAUUAUACUGCUGGAAAAGAGGAUAUUGAAGCGGUUAAAGUUUUAUUUGAAAAUGGAGCAAAAUUCAAUAGUAUCACUGAUGAAAAGAAUAGAAACCCACUACAUUGGGCAGCACUUGAAGGUCGUGAAAGUGAUAUAAUAUAUUUAAUCAGACUAGACAAAGAUUUGGUUAAAGCUAUCGACAAUAAUAAUGAGCCUGCAAUAUAUGAAUCAGUGUGGAAUGGUCAUAUAGAAAUUACUAAGAUUCUACUAGAACAGGAUUUAGAUCUUAUUAAUUCUAAAAAUAAAUAUGGUUGUACAUUAUUACAUAUAGCCGCAAUUUCUUGUCAAGUUGAAAGUUUUAAUUUUUUAAAAAACAGAAUGGGCCUUCAAUCAGAAUUUAUAAACGAUUUUUUUGAUGAGUUGGAUAAUAUUCAAUUGGACGAUUAUUCUAGGUUUAAAGAUAGUUACAGUACUACUCGAGGGCUAGUUAACAAGUUAAAAAAUUUAGAAAAGCAAUCCAAUAAAUUGAAUAAUAUUGAUUUUAUUCCUUUUUAUCAGUUUUUUCUAAAGCAACUUGAAAAAUAUGCAGAAAAUCCAGAAAAUCCUCAUUCAAAAGAAGAUAAAAAAAUAUUUGGCUAUUUAUAUACAUAUACUCUUAGCAAAAUUAGCAAUUUAAAAUUUGAAUCAAAAUCUAAUUUAAUAAUUGAUAUAAAUGAAUAUUUCAAAAUGAUUCAAAGCGGCGUUACAAUAAGCGUUGUUGGUGGACCAGUUGGAAUAGCUGGUAAUAUAAUAAAAAAGGGGGCCAGUAUGGCCGGAGCAUAUGUUUCAAAGGAUGAUAAUAGUACGUCAAAAUUUGAAAUUCCUUCAGAAGUAAGAGAUUCUGUAAAUCAAAUGAAAAUAAUAAUUAAAUCAAAAGAAAUUAUAGGUGAAGAAAUUGAAAAAAACGAACUAAAAAAUGCAGAACAACAAAUAAAAAUAUUAUCUCUAAAAUAUGAUAACUAUCCGAAUCUUAAUAUAAAAGAACAUUUAGAUAAAAUCCAAAAAGCAUUAGGUAAUAUUAAUUCUACAAAAAUAACGAAAAUAGUGAAUGAAAUAAAAGAUGAAAUAGGAAAGGCACAAGAAAAAUUAAACUUAACAACAGGAAUCGAAUCAGAUGUAAUAAAGGAGUUUACGAUUGCGAUUCAAGAUACUGCAGUGGCAGUUGACCUGUAUGACAGAUAUCAAAAUGAUAAAAAAGAACUUGAUGCAGUUAGUAAAUCAAUUAAGCAAGCAGAAGAUGAUAUUAACCUAUUAAACCAGCAUGAAAAAAAUAUUUAUAAAACUAUCAUUCCUAUGAUUGAAGGUAUGCAAGAAGAUAUUAGUAAUAUAGAAAAGAAAAUAGAUAAAAAAUCGCAUGUUCACCUUGACCUAACUAAGUGGCAAGUGCAAACUUCAUUAAAAGAUAUAAAAUAUACAAUUCAGCAAAUUUCUAAAGGGUUUUCAGCACAAGAAAUAAGUCGUUAUAUGGAAAAGCUAGAUGAAGGGAUGACAACUCUUAUUAAUGUAUAUGAUCGUAUACAGGAAUAUUAUGAUCAAAUAAAUCUUGCCAACUAUAUUGCACAUAUUAAUUCACCAAUGACUAUUGAAAUAGAGGAUAAAGAUUUAAAAAAUGAUAUUCAUGAAUUAGAAAAAAAAAUUAAAUCCAGCAUUGUAAAAGGUUAUCUUAAAAGAGCUAGAAGUGCAUUCAAGCAAUGGGCAUUUCCAUUUGCAAAUGAAUAUUCGAAUGUAUUAAAUUCACAAUUAGAUGAAGAAGAUACUGAAAGCAUUAUACAACAAAUAGAAAAUCUACAUUUAAAAGUUCAAGAACGUAAUGUAUAUGUAAUUAAAGAGAUAGAUAAUUUGAAAUAUAGUGAUUUUAAUAGUGAAUAUAUAUCUACGCAGCCAUUUUUUGUGUGGGAAAACAAUAAUUAUAGCCAAGAAAUAUCAGAAUUUCUAGUUGGAAAAGAGAUAACUGUCAAGGCGGAUAUAACGAAAACCGAUUAUCAUAAAUGUGCUGUCAAGUUUAAUGAGAUAGGUAUCAGACUUAAAUCGAAAGAUAAUAGAAUCCAAGAUGAAAUUAAUAAUGAGCUUAAAAAUUUUGACGUUUAUAUGAUUCAUUUAGGUGAUUCAUAUUAUAGAUAUAACGAAAAGUUUUAUGUGAUAAGAAGUAAUGAACAAUCUAUUGAAUAUAGUUUUGAAAAAAAUAAAGAAGGAAAGCCAGUUAGAAACAAUCGCGCAUAUGAAAGAAUUAGGAAUGAUGAAUUAAUGCUUAGCCCUUAUACUACGUGGAAAAUAAAGCUUAAACGUGAAACUAAAUAUGGUGAUUCUAAAAAGGCUGACUUUGAUAAACUAAAGACAUAUGAAAAGAAGAUAGAUUUAGAGUUAGUAGGACGUGGUAUAUAUAUAGAUGAGGAGGGUAGUAAUGAUUUGAUGGUAGGAACUUAUUAUAAAGAAUAUGAACAUAAACCCGAAACACGUGAUAAUACGAUACUAUAG